GCGGCGGCGCCGCGGUCACAUGAGCGGCCGGCGCGGCGGGGCCCGGCCGAGGAGCGCUGCUGCCGCCCCGCAUGGCCAACGUCGCCAAGAAGGUGUCCUGGUCCGGCCGCGACCGCGACGACGACGACGACGAGGACGAACGCGCAGGAGAGACCACCCCGCUGCUCAACGGCACCGGGGCGGCGGCUGGCGGCCGGCAGCUCACUCCUUCCUCCUUCCUGGGCUUUGGGCAGCUGAGCAAUGUCGACCUCAACGAGGACAUCCGUGAGCUGGAUACAGAGCUCCCUCGGGCCCGUCCCAACGAGAUCCCCCACAACGAGAAGCUGCUGUCGCUCAAGUACGAGAGCCUGGACUAUGACAACAGUGAAAACCAGCUGUUCCUGGAGGAGGAAAGGAGGAUAAACCAUGCUGCUUUCCGGACGGUGGAGAUCAAGCGCUGGGUGAUCUGUGCCAUGAUUGGCAUCUUCACCGGCCUCGUCGCCUGCUUCAUCGACAUCGUGGUGGAGAACCUGGCUGGGCUGAAGUACAGGGUGGUGAAGGGCAAUAUUGAAAAGUUCACAGAGAAAGGGGGCCUCUCUUUCUCCCUGUUACUCUGGGCCACCCUGAAUGCCAGUGUGGUGAUGGUGGGCUCCAUGAUUGUUGCUUUUAUAGAGCCCGUGGCAGCUGGCAGUGGCAUUCCCCAGAUCAAAUGCUACCUCAAUGGUGUGAAGAUCCCGCACGUUGUCCGUCUCAAGACCCUGGUGAUCAAAGUCUGUGGGGUCAUCCUCUCAGUGGUUGGGGGCCUGGCUGUUGGGAAGGAAGGACCCAUGAUCCACUCUGGAGCAGUGAUUGCAGCUGGCAUCUCCCAGGGCAGAUCCACCUCCUUAAAGCGAGAUUUCAAGAUCUUCGAGUACUUCCGCAGAGACACGGAGAAGAGGGACUUUGUGUCAGCUGGAGCUGCUGCUGGUGUCUCAGCUGCCUUUGGUGCCCCUGUGGGGGGUGUCCUCUUCAGCUUGGAGGAAGGAGCUUCAUUCUGGAACCAGUUCCUGACAUGGAGAAUUUUCUUUGCCUCCAUGAUCUCUACGUUCACUCUGAACUCAGUCCUGAGUGUUUACCAUGGCAAUGCUUGGGAUCUCUCCAGCCCUGGGCUCAUCAACUUUGGCAGGUUUGAUACUGAGAAAAUGGGAUACACGAUCCAGGAAAUCCCCAUCUUCAUCUUCAUGGGAGUGGUUGGUGGGAUCCUUGGGGCCCUGUUCAAUGCCCUCAAUUACUGGUUGACGAUGUUCCGGAUCAGGUACAUCCACCGGCCCUGCCUGCAGGUGGUGGAGGCCAUGCUGGUGGCAGCAGUGACAGCGACCGUGGGCUUCGUCAUGAUUUACUGCUCCAGGGACUGCCAGCCCAUCCAGGGCAGCACAGUGGCAUAUCCCCUGCAGCUCUUCUGUGCUGAUGGAGAGUACAACUCCAUGGCCACUGCCUUCUUCAACACUCCUGAGAAGAGCGUUGUCAACCUCUUCCACGACCCUCCAGGUUCCUACAACCCCAUGACACUGGGCAUGUUCACACUGAUGUAUUUCUUCCUGGCCUGCUGGACCUACGGCCUCACGGUGUCCGCAGGGGUCUUCAUCCCCUCCCUGCUCAUCGGGGCUGCCUGGGGGAGGCUCUUUGGCAUCUCCCUGUCCUACCUGACCAAAGGCUCGAUCUGGGCUGACCCUGGGAAGUACGCCCUGAUGGGAGCUGCUGCUCAGCUGGGUGGGAUAGUGAGGAUGACCCUGAGCCUCACAGUCAUCAUGAUGGAGGCAACAGGCAACGUCACCUACGGCUUCCCCAUCAUGCUGGUGCUGAUGACAGCAAAGAUUGUGGGAGACUACUUUGUGGAGGGGCUCUAUGACAUGCACAUCCAGCUGCAGAGCGUGCCCUUCCUGCACUGGGAGGCCCCAGUGACAUCCCACUCCCUCACAGCCAGGGAGGUGAUGAGCGCUCCUGUCACCUGCCUGCGGAGGAUCGAGCGAGUGGGCACAGUUGUGGACAUCCUCAGCGACACCUCCUCCAACCACAACGGCUUCCCAGUGGUGGAGAGCAACCCUGAUGCCACACAGGUGGCAGGCCUGAGGGGUUUGAUCCUGCGCUCCCAGCUCAUUGUCCUGCUGAAGCACAAGGUCUUUGUGGAAAGGGCCAACCUGAGCCUGGUGCAGCGGCGGCUGAAGCUGAAGGACUUCCGCGACGCCUACCCCCGCUUCCCGCCCAUCCAGUCCAUCCACGUGUCCCAGGACGAGCGCGACUGCAUGAUGGACCUCAGCGAGUUCAUGAACCCCUCUCCCUACACUGUGCCCCAGCCCGGCUCUGCCUGCGCAGGAGGCGUCUCUGCCGCGGGUGUUCAAGCUCUUCCGCGCCCUGGGGCUGCGGCACUUGGUGGUCGUGGACAAUCGCAACGAGGUGGUGGGCAUGGUGACCCGCAAGGACCUCGCCAGGUACCGCCUGGGGAAGGAAGGCCUGGAGGAGCUCUCGCUGGCACAGACGUGAUGCGGGGCGGUGCUGCCCAGCAGAAACGUGCCCCAGCCCCUCAGAGGCGGGGAGCCCCUGUUUGUGGGAGGUGGGCAGAGGACUGGGCCAAGCCCAUGGUGCCCGGAGCACCGUGCUGCCCCGGCUCUCCUGCCCGUCGCUGCCUUCCCCUGCCUCCUGCCUCCUCCUCUCCCCGCUUCCUCUGCUUCCCCGAGGGAUCAAAGCGCACCCUUGGCUCUGUUAGCUCCUGGUAUAGGCUCUCCCUGAGGGUUGGGUGAAGGCUGGAGUGUGCCAGGGGAGAAGUAGUGCCCUGCUGAGCUGGGCACAGUCCUCUGCCGCAGCACAUGGGCUCCAUCAGCUCAUCCACCCAGCCUGGGCUAACUGGGGCCUAACCCUGCCCUGGUCCCCUGUGUGGGAGUGGAAGGGAUGUGAUGGGGCUCCCUCCUGCUCUCAGGGCCCUGGCGCCCUGCCCUGUGCUCCUGCUGCCUCAGGCUGAGCCCUGGGCCCGCAGGAGGGGGCCGUGCCCUGCUCCACUGUGCAAUAAAAGGGCUGCCGUGGUUCAGCAGCUGCUGUCUCUUGCCCUUUCUUGGCUUCCUGGGCCAUUGACCCCAAGCUGUAGGUGGGGAGACACCCCUGGGGUUUGGGGCAGGGAAGGGGAAGAGAGGGCUGCCUGCUUCUGGGGGCAGAUGCAGGUCUUGCACCCUGUGUCUCUAGUGUGUGCUCCUCUCCCACUCCUGCCCUCCUCCCACCCUUGCUGCUGCCUCUCCCCUCCACCUGUGCUGGGGUCCAGAGUCACCCCUGGGUUUCUGCACUUGCUGCCGCUUCUUCUGGGUCCUGCCAGGCACCCCACAACCCCCUGGCAGCCCUGGACCUGGCCUGGGCAGGGACCAAAGCCUGCUCUUCCCCUGGCUGAUGCAGAGAGCUCCAGCCCUGGCACCUCAGCUCCCCAGUCUCCUGCCAUCCUUGCUCCUCACCCUUGCCCCCAUGCCCUGGCUUGGAAUUGCACCCUCCUCCCUUGGUGCCUGGAAGGGGUUACAGGAUACUGUACUGAAAUAAAGCCAGUUUGUACUUUUA